CGACUAUGCACUUAUUAUGUCUGUUUUACUUCCUCGGCUUAUAUGCUCGUCCAUCGCAAUCCCCUUUCCUACAUCUUUAUCGAUCUAUACGGCAAGGAAAUACCUGACGGCAAAGAAUAUGAACAAGCGUUUGCCGCUGUUACUACCUACAUGAUACAUAGGCAAUGUGGCAGAAAGAAUCCACAUUCUCCAUGCAUGCGCGAUAGAGAAUGCCCCAAACGUUUUCCUAAAAGAUUGUGCGAUGCGACGACUAUGGAAAUGGAUGGAUAUCCGAUGUAUAGAAGACGAAACAGGAAACUGGCAUCAACGGAAGUCUACAACGAUGAAUGGGUUGUUCAAACAAAUCUGUGUUUAGUCAUCAAGUAUAACUGCCACCAUAUCAAUCUCGAGAUAUGCGGUACGAUUUCGGCCGUGAAAUAUCUGUACAAGUACAUUUAUAAAUGUCCUGACCGUGCACGAAUCGUUCUUGAGACUGAAAAUGGGAUGUUGUCGAUGAAAUCAAGCAACAUUUGA